AAAUAGGCACCUAUGCCGACAACGCAAGGGGGAUGGAUCUCCUCGCCCGCAGCGCUCGCAGAUAAACACCCAAUUCAUAGCCUACUUUACGGAGUUACAGCCCGCGCCAUGACCCAUGUCAUAUGCAUACGUCCCAUUCCCGUGCCGGUCUCGCUUCCGCCCGGAUGCUUGAUGGCUAGAGAGGAACGCAUGUCCGAAAGUUGACCGGGGGGAGGGGAGACUUACUGGCUUUAAAGGGAGAUAUCGGUACCGUUCAGGGUCUUGCCAUUUUUUUCCCGCUCAGUCUUACAAGUCGAUGCUGUUGCCGACGUGAUUUGGAUCUGUCCUCGCCAUGGAUGAUAACCAAAAGAUAACACCGGCACCAAAAGACUCCCGCGACGAUGGGUCGCAGAAGAGCUACUCGGUGAAAGACGGAGAAUUGACAUCCCAAGAGCUCGAGCGGGAUAGUUUUCGUGCCCAACCAGGAACGCCCGAUAGUCAUGAAGACGGUCGUAGCUCUCAGAACGGCGUCGAGGGUGCCGGUGAAGCCCAGGGCCUUGACGCGCUCUCUCGCGCCUCCAGCGCGCCCCUCUACAGCGUCUUCUCGCCCUCCCUGAAAUGGUGGAUAAUUGCCUUGAAUGGUAUGAUCGCCUUCAUCUCGCCCAUCACCGCCAACAUAUACUUCCCGGCGAUCCCCUCGCUCGCACGGGACCUGGGCGUGUCGAUCGCCGACAUCAACCUGACGGUAACCACCUUCAUGGUCUUCCAAGCCAUAGCCCCUACUUUCUUUGGUGACUUCAGCGACGCGGCCGGGCGGCGGCCGGCUUCGAUGAUUGCGCUCGUCGUCUACCUCUGCGCCAACAUCGGCCUCGCCGUCCAGCGCAAAUUUAUCGCGCUGCUGCUUUUGCGCAUGCUGCAGAGUGCCGGGAGUAGCGGCACCCUCUCUCUCGUGUAUGCUGUGGUCGCGGAUCUCGCCCCGAGCUCGGAGAGGGGCAGGUCCAUGGCCGUCGUCGGGGCGGGCAUCACAAUUGGCCCAACUCUAGGACCCGUAAUCGGCGGCUUGCUCGCCCAGUACCUCGGGUGGCCGUCCAUAUUCUGGUUCCUGUGCAUCGUAACUGUGGUCUUGAUAAUCCCCUACGCGCUGACGGUGCCGGAGACGGGGAGAAGGGUGGUAGGGAACGGGUCCAUCCCGCCGCAGGGUUGGAACAUGACGCUCAUCGACUAUGUCCGGCUCCGACGCCAGGCCCGGAAUCGGCCAGCGUCCACCGAUCCGCGACGGAAGAUCCGUCUCCCCAACCCGCUGCACACCCUUGCCGUCGUCGCCGAAAAGGAGAUGGCGCUGGUGCUGUUCUACAACGCCACUCUCUACUUGGGCUUCAUGAUUGCCACCGUCACUAUCUCCUCCCAAUUUUCCGAGAUCUACCACUACAGCGACAUCGAGCUCGGACUUUGUUAUCUGCCCAUCGGAUCAGCAACAAUCUUCUCGUCGGUUGUCAACGGUCUGCUGGCGGAUUGGAAUUACCGGCGCAUAGCCAAGAAGCUAGGCGUCGAGGUCGACCGGAAGCGUGGAGAAAAUCUUGGAAGCUUCCCUAUCGAGAAGGCCCGUCUUCAGCUAGUGUACCCGCUUCUCGUCGUCGGCACCGCUGCAUACAUCGCAUUUGGCUGGGCGCUGCAUAAGGAAACCCACGUGGCCGUGCCCCUCGUGCUGUCGUUCUUCAUCGGGUUGUGCAUCACCGGCCCUUUCCAGAUCCUCAACAUGCUCAUUGUCGAUCUGCACCCGGAGGCCCCGGCCACGGCUACGGCCGCAAACAACCUGGUCCGGUGCCUGUCCGGCGCGGUAGCGACGGCAGUUAUAGAUUAUAUGAUAAGAGGCUGGGGACGAGGAUGGGCCUUCACCUUCUUCGCCCUGCUAUUCAGCCUUUGCUCGCCGGCGCUUGUCGCCAUCGAUAGAUACGGACCCCAGUGGAGGGAAGAGCGCCGGCAGAAGAUGGAGAGAGCCGCGGAAAAGAAGGAGGUCGGAAAGAGAGAAAAAGCAAAUUCUGGGGCCCUGCGAAACGGUGGCGUUCUGACCGAGUCUCCGUCCACCGUCCUCCCGUUAAAUUCGGUCAACCCCAUUUAGAAUCCUGCAGAUCGAUGGGUUCUUUCGUAUUCCCCAUUCGCGUAGACAGAGCGAGACAUGGAUGUCCAAAGAGGGGGUUAAGAGGAGGUGGUAGGUACUUUAUCGUAUUCUCUAUAUGGUAAAUACGGCGGCGGUUGCACAGCGCCUGUGUGCGUGAGAAUCCCUAGACGGGGCCGUAACACCAAGACAAAAUUGCAUCGCAUAUCCUGGGAGUUGGCAUGAUCUGACGAUAUCAAACGACGAACACGAAGC